UGUCAUACAUACAGCCACCCUAUAUGAACACUGACGUUUGGUCAUUUUAAUGCUCUUUUAACAUAAUUAAUAAUGCGGUUCCUUUUGAUCGGGACGGUUUUACUGUCAAUAGCAGCCGCUUAUUAUAUUUAUCUGCCUCUGCCCAGCACUAUAUCAGAGCCAUGGAAACUCAUGAUUGUGGAUGCAUUGACACGUGGCACGAUGAAGUUGAGUUUUGUAGCUCAUGAGCUUGGACUGACUUCCCCGUUCGGUUUGGUAAAAUCCUAUUCUGCCUGGGCGGGUGUAAAAAGUCUCGAGUCCAGCCCAAGCGUCCGAGUCACAGAGGCGUCUUUUGGAGGAGUGGAAGCUCUAGUGUUCGAGUCAACUGCUGCAGGUCAGGAGCAGAGCUUUAAAAGAGGCGUGGUCUAUUUCCAUGGAGGAGGAUGGACAGUUGGCAGUACAAAGAUGGAACCAUAUUACCUUCAGUGCAUGACUAUGGCUGAAGAGCUGAAUGCAGUCGUAAUAUCUGUCGAGUACAGGUUGGCACCCGAAGCACGUUUUCCAGAUCAUUAUAAUGAUGCUUUUCAGGCAUCAAAACACAUCCUGACAACCGAGGUGUUGGGUCGGUACUCCAUAGACCCGAAAAGAGUGGCUGUGUCAGGUGACAGCGCCGGAGGAAACUUGGCCGCUGCUGUGGCACAACAGAUGUCUUUGGACAGUAGCAUUCAUAUUAAAUUCAAAGUUCAGGCCCUGGUCUACCCCGCGCUUCAGGCCCUGGACUUCAACACCCCCUCGCACCAGCAGAACGGCCACAUUCCCAUGCUACACAGACCACUCAUGGCCCGCUUUUGGCUGGAGUACCUAAACGGCGAGCAGAAACUUGUUCCUGCUUUGCUGGCUAACAACCACACAGCUCUGGAUCAGUGUCAGGAGAUAGCAGUGGCCAAAGCCAAGAUCGACUGGACCAAGCUUCUUCCGGUGGCCUUCCAGAAGAACUAUAAACCCGUGGUUCCGCUUCACGGUGACUCAAAGCUGCUGGAGAAGCUGCCAGGCCUGCUGGAUGUGAGAGCGGCGCCUCUACUAGCUGAUACAGAAGUGCUGAAGGCCGUGCCGCCCGCUUACAUCAUGACCUGUGAGCAUGACGUGCUGAGAGACGACGGACUCAUGUACGCCACGCGACUGGAGGAGGCCGGAGUGGACGUCACUGUUGAUCACCUUAAAGAUGGUUUCCAUGGGUGCCUCAGUUUCGCUUUUGGACCCUUUGCGUUUUCUGUUGGAAAGCGAAGUCUUGGGAACUACAUCCAUUGGCUGAAGGAGAACCUCUAAAGACUCAUAUAGGCUGGGUCUAUGUUAAAUAUGUUUUCAUUUUUAAAUUUAACAUGCAAUCCAAUAUGAAAAUGCUUCAAAGUUUUUGCUACAAAAUCUGAACAAGCAUGCUGUUUUAAUACAGGGAAUUUAUUAUACAUUUUUAUUUAAUGUCAAAUGAUUUAUGCCGUGCAACUGGAAUUUAUUAACAGGUAUAAAAUGAACUCUAAAGUUAAUGUGCAAAAAUACUUUAAAUGCACAAAAUAUUAUAUAAAUGUUUGGUUUGUUAGCUUUCUUAAAUUAACACACUUUCUUCAAUUAAACACUGAAACUAGUUGAUCUGCAUAUAAACAUACAUAAAUUGCAUUUUUGGGUUAUAAUAUACAAAAACAGACAAAUUACUCAAAUAAAAUGCAGUAUAAAAAUGAAUAUAUAUAUAUAAAUAAUAUAUAUAAUAGAAAGAUAAACAAAACAGGGUAAUGAGUGAAAUAAAACGAGCAGUGUUUACUUUUCCAAAAAGAAAGAUAAAUUAAUAAUAAUAAUUCAUAAAAAAAAUAAUAGGAUGGAUGAGGAAAUUAGUAAUAUAUAUUAUUUUUGGCAUGACAGAGCUUUCAGGGACAGAUAUAAUUUUAGAUGGAUAGCACAUGUUCAUAAAAAUAUGUUUAUGCCAUAAAAUCUUUUCUCAAAGCGUAUCAUCAUGUUUACAUAUAACUUACGUCUGUUAAAAUACAACACUACUGGGAAAAUGUUCUAACUCUUGUCUGGGAAUUGCAACUUCUUUGGCAGUUUCUUUGCUGCUGGCAGUCAGCAGUUUUGACAAAAGGGAAUUUCCUAAAAACCUAGCGGAGUGGUGGUUUAAUGAAACACGAGCUGGAAGGGAGUAUUUGAGGGAAGCUAUCUGUCACUGUUAGCGCAUGGGAAACGCCGGGGGGAGCAGAUAAGCGCGGCGGAAUGCGGCUCUCGCUGUUUUUCUCACCUGUGAGACCUUCGCUAUUAUUGCAUCUUUGCUUUUUUUUUCUCUCUCUCUCUCUAAUUGGGAGUGCGGGGACAAUAAUCAAUUUCUCGUGAUGUUUUACAGACACUACCAUUAUUCUCAGGGAAAAGCAUAAAAAAGGAACUGACUUUUUUUAAACAGAUGAUCUUUGUAAUACACCCACAUUUAUGUCCUCUUUUCUAUCUCUUAUUGUUUUGCCAGUUUCCAAAAUGAUACUACUAUCUUCUUUCAGGUAUGAUGAGUAUGUGAGUCAGUGAAGGCUGUAAUCAUGUUUCUUUUGAUGCCGUGUUAAAAUAUAACAAUUGUUUGGGAACCGUCUUGAUUAUGUGAUUUCUUGGCAACAAAAUAAACCACUGACAAUGACUUGCUUUUGUGAAAAGUUUCACUGUUCUCCAGCACUGCACAUAGGAAAGAAAAAUCACAAAACUGCAAUAUCUUGAUUUCACAAACAGAGUUUUUCCAAAAAAUUUCAGGGAUUUUAAUAUGAACAAUAUGAACAUUUCUUAAUACAACCUGAAUUCCGGAAAU